GCCGGAAGUAUUGACAUGGUGGAACCUUGACUGUGGCGGACCAACAUGGCCGCACUCGGGCGGGGGGCAGCCUUCUUACGUUUUCUCCGGAGCAACACACAGGUACUGUGCAGGUGCGGUAAACCAGCAGGAUGCACCUUGGCAAGAUGGAGAAGCAUGGCUACGUCUGUGGCUGUGGGUGGCAGCCUGUGCGCCGUUCCUUUCACUCAGGCUCCGAGUUUGUCUCAUGAGUCGUUGAUAAGACGAGCAGCCUCACUGGUGACUGACAGUUCCAACACGUUCCUGUCUCAGACCACUUUAGCGCUCAUAGAUGCAAUUACUGAGUAUUCAAAGGCUGUUCACACGCUAGUAGCGCUCCAAAAGCGCUACCUAGCAUCACUGGGGAAACUGAGCCAAGCAGAGGAGGAUUCCAUCUGGCAGGUGAUGGUUGGCCAGAGAGCGGAGAUCAGCGACAGGCAAGAGGAGUGUAAGCGAUUUGAGGCAGUGUGGAUCAACGCCAUCCGUUUGUGUGAAACAGCGGCUGAGGCGGCGUAUACUUCAGGGGCAGAGCACGCAUCCAUCACCAUGCAGACCAACAUUCAGCUUGCCCGGUCCCAGGCAGAGGAGGCACGAAACUUCUCCAGGGAUGCAGACAAGAAGCUGGUAGAGGCCAAAGCCCUGGAGGUCCAAGCAUCAGCCCAGCGGGCCGCCGCUCUAGAGAAAAGCGAUGAAGAUGUGCCUGAAGCUUACCUCAGAGAAGACUGAGAUAAGCUAAGAACAAACACAGAAGUGAGAAACUAGUACAUGUUGGCGCAAAACUGGAUUGCCUUGGUGGAAUACUUGUGAAUUUGACAGUUCUUACUCUGAACACAUUGUGGAGAAUGGGUGAUUUUUUUUUUUUCAUGUCUGACCGAAGUGGAGGUCUUUGCACUGUUUGUGGAUUUCAGAAUGUCCCUGUAAUGUCGAACUUGCUCUGCCAACAUUAAAAAAAAGAGCAUGGAAUUUGAAACGGGAAGUUUUUAGACUAAAAUAGUCUGAAAGAUUUACUCUUUAGGACCCCUACAACACAUUGAACAUACAGUCAUGUAAAAAAAUAAGGACACCCUAUGGAAGCCUGUGUGUUUUCUAACAUACUUGGCCAUAUGGAUAUUGAGUAUCAAUUUUAACACUCUUGAAAGAUUCAAUUAAUAGAACUAAAAAUCUGUGAAAAAAAUAUUUUUUAUAACUUUUGUAAAAUGUCAUUUUUAAAUACAUGCAAUUUCUGUUGAGGAAUAAAUUAGGACACCCCCAUAUUCAAUCCCACCUAAAAUGGCUAAAAUUACACACAGGUGUAACACAUCAGGUGCACAUGAUCAGAACAUCAUUACUAGAGCUGGGAAUCUUUGGGCACUUAAUGAUUCGGUUACG